GGAUGCACCGCAGUCUGUCCUCCAACAUGGCAACCAGGUGGGGAAUCUGCGGCGGAGGCAAGAUCAGUCACGACUUCACGGUCGCCAUGAAAUCGCUUCCGCCUGAACACCACCAGGUUGUGGCUGUGGCUGCUCGAAACUUGGAGCGUGCACAGGAGUUUGGCAAAAAGCACAGCAUCCCUGCAAUAUACGCCAGCUAUGAGGAACUGGCCCGAGAUCCAAACAUUGAUGUGGUGUACGUCGGCGUGAUCCACCCCUACCACCUGAAAACCUGCUUGCUCUUCAUGGACGCCAAAAAAAACGUCUUAUGUGAGAAGCCUUUGGCCAUGAACGCCAAGGAGGUGAAGGAGAUCCUGGCGUCGGCCAAGAGGAAUGAUGUCUUCCUCAUGGAGGCUGUGUGGAGUCGAUUCUUCCCGGCCUCGGUGGAGAUCCGGCGGCUGCUGGCUCAGGGGGAAGUGGGCGAGGUGAAAAUGGUGAGGGCCGAUUUCGGCCAGCCCCUCAUGCAUUUGCCGAGAUCAAUGAACAAGGAGUUAGGCGCGGGAACCACGCUGGACCUCGGCAUCUACCCGCUGCAGUUCGCCAUCAUGGUGUACGGCGGAGAGAAGCCCGAAAGCAUCAAGGCCACAGGGGUCUGUACGGAAACUGGAGUGGAUGAGACAGUGGCAGUCACUCUCAAGUUCUCCAAAGGCCGCAUGGCCGUGAUCACGAGCUCCUCGGGACUGGAGCUCGACAAUGACGCAGUCAUCAUGGGCACCGAGGGGAAAAUCAGGAUCCCUGCUCACAUGUGGUGCCCCACCUCUGUGCUGGUCAACGGGAAGGAGAGCCAGUAUCCUGUCCCGGAACCUUACUUGCCCCUCAACUUCCUCAACAGUACGGGACUGCGCUAUGAGGCGGAAGCGGUGCGACAGUGUUUGCUCAAAGGGCUGAAGGAGAGUUCCGUGAUGUCCCACGCUGACUCUCUCCUGCUGGCCGAAGUGGAGGACGAAGUGCGUAUGCAGGUGGGCGUGGUCUACAGUCAAGACUCAAACUGAGGGUCCAACAAGAGCCACGGAGGAAUCUCAUUGGGAUCAGAAAAUCUUUUUUUUUCAUCUUGGCAACCUGCUGCUGAGGGUAAAAUGUGUAUUUAAUAAUCUUAAUAAUUGACUAUAUAAUAAUAUAAUCUGUAAUUAUAUUUUUGCAAGAAAUACAAUUCAAAAAGAUAAAAUUUAAAAAUCAUUACAAAAUAAAGCGCUUUCCAAAGAAGUUUGGGUACUUGUCUCUUUUAAACAGUCAGAGGGGAAUAGUUUAUAAUUUAAACUAUAAUGUUGAUUUUUGUGGUUAGUGUCCAGCAAUCGGGCAGCUCUGAGGAAUAGCGGUUAGCAUAUGCCUCUCUGUCAGGAAAUCCAAGUUUGAAUCUCUGUUGGAACAUCUUCGGCUAUGUUCACACUGCAGGUCCAUUCAGAUUUUUUUUUUUUGCCCCGUGUGACGCAUCAAUUUUUUUU